CCAUCUCAAGUCACGCGGCCGAGGAGCACUGUAAACACCACUAGGUGAGUCCGAAAGGCGCUGCCGGAGAUGAGGAGGCUGCAGCUGCUACCGCCGCCGCGCCGCCGCUAUGGAAGAUAGCCUGGUCCGCGCCUUCGGGGGCCUCAGCCUCCAGCAGCCCCGCCGCCCUCAAGGCAGGCCCCCCGCACGCCGCUUCAGCGGAAGCCUCUAUUUGCUCCGCGGCCUGCCCGGCUCGGGCAAGAGUACCCUGGCCAGGCAACUGAAACGUGAAUUUCCUAAUGCAGUCAUUUUUAGUACUGACGAGUAUUUCAUCAUGGAAGAUGGCACCUAUGAGUUUGAUCCUGAUUGUUUGGGAGACGCACAUAAGUGGAACCAGAAAAGAGCACGUAAGGCUAUGAAGAAAGGGAAAUCCCCAAUUAUAAUUGAUAAUACCAACAUCCACGCUUGGGAAAUGAAGCCAUAUGCAAUAAUGGCACUUGAAAACAGAUAUGAAGUUAUAUUUCGGGAGCCAGAUACACGUUGGAAGUUCCAUGUUCGGGAAUUAGCUAGACGUAAUCAUCACGGUGUUCCAUUUGAGAAAAUACGAUGGAUGAAAGAGGAAUACGAGCAUGAUGUUACCUUCCAUACAGUGCUUCAUUCUGAAGAACCAGCCAGAUACCACAAUUCUGGACGUUACUUUUCCAACAACAGAAUGAAUAAGUCAUGAAAUUGAAGGAUUUUAAUGGGAGACCUAGUGGGAGAUUUUAAUGGGAUUUUAUAGAUUUUAUCAAUUUGUAUAUUGUUUUAGAUUCUUAGCAAUUUUCUAUUUUUCUAUUGAACUAAAGUAGGUCUUAACCUGUUUAAACUUGAUGUUCCAUAAUUAUUGCAGAUUUUAAAGAAAAUUAUAGAAGAAAUAAUGUAAACAUAAACCAUAUCAUUGUUGCUUUUUUACGUUUUCAUACUAGGUUAUAUUCACACAGAAAAUUACAGGAUAGCCCCUCUUUAGAUCUACAUAUGUCAGCCAAAUACCAUGCUGACUGUUGGCAUUAAAAUGCUAACCAUGAUAUAUGAGAUAUCAUUUCCCAAAUCCUCAGAUAUUAAGAAGAGCAAUUCUGUGGUAGCAGCAGUCAUAAAUGUGUUUGAUUUCUCACUGACCAAAAAUAAGACUCUAAUCCAAUGGCAGAAAUGUUCAGUGAGUCAGAAGCCUGAGCUUUCAAGAGAACCAGAACCAAGCAUUUUAUGAAUGGCAGUGGGUGAAGUUUUGGAGCUGCAGGAUAAGUAAACCUGAAGCUGUUCCCAGUAUAGAUUUGUGAAAUCCUCAGAAUUGUAAUGGUUGUUAAGUAAUAUUUAACAUAAGAUCUUGUUUCCUAAGUCCUAUGGUUUCUGUGUUCUAGAUUCUGUUUUUAAAAUGUGUAUCCAUAGUAUGUGGCUUCUUUUACUUUUCAGAUUUUUGAUUUCCCCUUUAAAAAAUCCUAUUCAGGGUAUUGUUCAAAGAUAUGUGAUGCUUCAUUAGAUCCCUAUUUUUGAAUUCCUGGUUCUGAUGGGAUUUUAUAUAGCUGGUAGUAAUUUGCUAACAUAAAAUACUACAGAGCAAAAGUACGGCCUCAAUUUUUUUAUUUUUACUCUACAAAAAUGGUAAUAUUGUAGAAUUUGGGUUUUGUGAAACAAGAUGCACCUCAACUUUCCUAUUAAGUAAUAAAUACUUAGAUGAGUCAGAAACCAGCAUAAAUGUUGAAAACUAGAUACGGACUAAAACCAAAAUAUUUAAAUUAUUACAGCUGCUAUUAAUAUUGAAAAUAAACUUUUCAGAAGAAAAAAAAUUCACAUCAUAGUAAAAACUGGAUUCUUUCUCUUCACCUGAUUUUUAUUUAUUCUUUAAAAAUUAGCUAUAACAUUCUAUUUUUUUAAAUGUUUAUUAUAUUUUAGAGAGACUAAUCUUGCAACAGGUUCCAAUUUUAGGCACCCAAGCCAAUUAAAUUUGUGAAGCAUAUCAAGCAAUUAAGAAGAUAUAAUUAAAUAUGCCAGGAAUUAACAUAUCAUUUGCAAUGAAUUUAACUCUUUUAUCAUGGAUAUUAUGUAGUUUUUAAAAUGAAAUUGUGGCUAUUUUAUCCAAACAAAUUUAUACAGGUAAUGAUCAUUUUAUUCAUAGUUGAAAACUGCUACUGGUUUAUAAAGAUAGAUUAGUGUUCAGCAACAUUUUGUCAUUAUGAUUUAGAGAUCACUGUAAUAAUAUAUAUUUUUGCAGAAAUCAGUUCUUG